UAAGGGCAAGGGUACAUCAAGUGGGGCUUCAACAACCAAUGCUACACCAUCAAGCCAGGAUAAGGGUUCAUCGGGUGCAUCUUCAACAACCACUGCUACACCAUCAAGCCAGCCUCCGCCUGCUACUUCUGCAUCUGCUAAUCCUGCAGCUAUGCCACAAGCACAUACUGCAAUUGCGGCCCCAACCUUGGGGUCAACAGUUCCUGCUGCCACAGCUGCACCUGCUCUUGCAGUUCCUGCAUCUAGCACAGCGGAUGCAUAUGAUCAAGCUGCAUCAAACCUCGUUGCUGGCAAAAAUUUGGAACAAUCCAUCCAACAGAUUCUUGAUAUUGGUGGAGGGACUUGGGAUAGAGACACUGUUGUUCGCGCUUUGCGUGCAGCAUUCAAUAACCCAGAGAGAGCUGUUGAAUAUUUGUAUUCUGGUAUUCCUGAGCAAGCAGAAGUCCCACCUGUUGCUGGAUCACCCAGUGGCGGCCAAACAACAAUCAACCCUCCUCCUACACAAGCUGCACAAGCGGCGCAGCCUUCCAUUCCAUCGAGUGGUCCCAAUGCCAAUCCUUUGGACCUCUUCCCUCAAGGUCUACCUAGCAUGAGAACUAAUCCUGGUGCAGGAAACCUUGACUUUCUUCGCAAUAGCCCUCAGUUCCGAGCAUUACAAAAUAUGGUGCAAGAAAAUCCCCAAAUUCUGCAGCCAAUGCUUCUGGAAUUGGGUAGGCAAAAUCCACAGAUUAUGAGGCUUAUUCAAGAGCAUCAACCUGAAUUUCUUAGAUUGCUUAAUGAGCCGGCUGAGGGAGGAGAAAGCAAUUUAUUAGGCCAGUUAGCUGCAUCAAUGCCGCAGGCAUUAUCAGUUACUCCUGAGGAGCGUGAUGCAAUUGAGCGACUUGAAGCAAUGGGCUUCAAUAGGGCCCUUGUUUUGGAAGUCUUCUUUGCCUGCAACAAGAACGAGGAACUAGCUGCAAACUACCUUUUGGAUCACAUGCACGAGUUUGAGGAUUAAUCACACAAUACGGGUAUGAUUAUAUUCUGGACCGCUUUCUCUUCCUUCUGUUAGAAAAUUCCAGUUUUAUGUACGGUUGUGAUUUUAUGUAUAAAUUACUCCACUGUGGAUUGCUCCAUGGGAUCAAUUCAGUUGUGAUUGUCUUCUGCGUUUUAACUUUUUUCUCCAUGCAAAUACUUCUUACACACACUGCUUACUUAGCUCUAUGUUGAGUUUCUUUGCUGGAAUAACGGCUUUGGUGCUAUAUAGCAUUUUUUUAUCCUAUAUAGUAUGUUCGGAGCAGCAAUACAGGAAGUGCUUCACGUUCUCGUC